AAGGAGGGGAAGAGGAGCCUUUCCUUCUCUCAAUCUCUCUCUCUCUUUCCCGCCUCUACUCCUCCUCCCUGGAGGGAGGAAAGGAAGCAAGGAGGCGAGUCGCUGUCCCUCGGAAUAAGAGCGAAAGAGCGAGCGAGAGGCAGUCUCCAGCCCCUCCUCGGCUCGGAGGGAGGGAGCGAAGGCGGCCCGGGACUCCUCCUUUUCCCUGGGCUGCCAGGAGGGAGGCUGGGGCUGGAGCCAUGCCCCUCGCGAGGAAGAGGCGGCGGAGGAGGCGGCGGCGCCGGUAGCGCUCCGCCGGGAAGAGGGCUCGGGCUCCCGCGUCCUUCGGGGGGCUCUUCUCCCCCUUCCCUCCGCCUCGGCCAUGAGGCGCCUGAACCGACGGCUGGUCUGGUGGCUGCUGAGCGUGGCGUGGGUGGCGGCGCUGGUGCUGCUCUUCUUGGGGACGCGGAGGCGCUUGGACACCGGGGGGCAGAGCCCCAGCAGCGCGCCCAAGGGUUCCGACAUUGAUUGGGAUGACCUCUGGGAUCAGUUUGAAGAAAGAAAAUACCUGAGUGCUCGGAAGUGGAAGGGUGGAGAAGACCCAUAUCGACUAUAUGCCUUCAACCAGCGGGAGAGUGAGAGGAUCCCCAGUGACCGUGCCAUUCGCGACACUAGGCAUCACAGAUGCACUACAUUGCACUACCGUACAGAUCUGCCUCCAACCAGUAUCAUUAUUACCUUUCACAACGAAGCUAGAUCUACAUUAUUGAGGACCAUAAGAAGCGUCCUGAACCGAACUCCUGUGCAUCUGGUCCAUGAAAUCAUAUUGGUAGAUGACUUCAGUGAUGAUCCGGACGAUUGCCGUUUGCUGAUCAAACUGCCCAAGGUGAAGUGCUUACGCAACAGGAGGAGAGAAGGUUUGAUCCGGUCCCGCAUUCGAGGAGCAGAAAUGGCAGAAGCAGAAGUCCUUACUUUUUUGGACAGUCAUUGUGAGGUGAACAAGGACUGGCUGCUGCCUCUCCUACAAAGGAUCAAAGAGGAUCCAUCCCAUGUGGUGAGUCCAGUUAUUGACAUCAUCAACUUGGACACAUUUGCUUAUGUGGCUGCUUCUUCCGAUCUGAGAGGAGGGUUUGACUGGAGCCUUCACUUUAAGUGGGAACAACUUUCUCCAAAGCAGAAGGCUAAACGGACAGACCCCACAGAGCCAAUCAAGACUCCUAUUAUUGCAGGAGGACUUUUUGUAAUUGACAAGGCCUGGUUCAACCAUCUUGGAAAAUAUGAUGCAGCAAUGGACAUCUGGGGUGGUGAGAAUUUUGAAAUUUCCUUCCGAGUGUGGAUGUGUGGUGGAAGCUUAGAAAUCAUCCCUUGCAGUCGGGUGGGGCAUGUCUUCCGGAAGAAACAUCCCUACGUCUUCCCAGAAGGAAAUGCUAAUACCUAUAUCAAAAAUACCAAGCGCACAGCUGAAGUGUGGAUGGAUGAAUAUAAGCAGUACUAUUACGCUGCCCGGCCUGCGGCUCAAGGGAGGCCAUAUGGAGACAUACAGAGCAGAGUGGAGCUAAGAAAGUCAUUAAAAUGUCACACCUUCAAGUGGUAUCUGGAGAACGUCUAUCCAGAACUUAGAAUUCCUGAGGAAUCGCUUUACCAGACAGGGAUGAUACGGCAGAGACAGAGAUGCCUGGAGACCCAGAAGUCAGAAGGACAAGACUUUCCAGUUGUGAUCUUAAACCCCUGCAUCACAAGCAAAGGUCCAGCAUCAGCAGCACAGGAAUGGACGUAUACAUACAACCAGCAAGUCCGCUACCAUCAACUGUGCUUGUCUAUACAGACCCUCUUUCCAGGUUCCCAGGCAGUGCUCUUACCUUGCAAAGAAGGGGAUGGCAAACAGCGAUGGAAUAAAGUUGGUUCUCACAUUGAACACAUGGCCACACGUUAUUGCCUGGACACAGAAAUGGUGGGGGACACCAAUGAGAACAUGAGAGAAGUUGUCAUUAAUCCCUGUGAGAGCACAGCAAUGAGUCAACGGUGGGAAAUGGUGAUGUCCUGACCACAACUGUCGAUAUACCAGCCAACUCGCCCAAAAGGACCUUUGUUUUGAACUGCCAAGGCUGUUGUCCAUGCUUGGGGUAAAGUGGGACUUGCCUUAGAGUUGGCCAAAAGCCAAAGAAUAAGGACAUACAGCUGUGCCUAGGUUGAAGAAAGCACACAAGUGCUGGCUCUGAGAGCCACAACAUUAAGCACAUCAGAUGGGGCCAUACAUCCAUACAGCUCAGAACAACAUGACAUAAGGACCCUCAUCUGUUAGCUAAAACAGAUAUUCUUCUCAUUUUUGAGAAGGACAUCUGCUGAAAUCAGCCAGCGUGGUAUCAGUAAAGGCAGGUAGAAAACCUUUGGAAACAAUAAGUGGGAGAGCAGCUUUUUGCAAGAAAGGGUGGGAUAGGGAAAAGUUGAGCAUUAUACAAAUAUAGAAAUGGUCAUGUUGGGAAUUGAAUAGAAAAGGAAUCUUGCAUUCCUGAUUGAUUAACUGAGCACAUCUCUGGAAAGCUGCUGGAGUAAGCUAUAUUGCACAUAAGAAUUCACAUGGGAUCCAGACCCUUGUUAUGUGUGAGAUACUGUAUAAGAAUGUAUGUUUGAGAAAGAGAAUUUAUUGCUAUCUGGGAAUUGUGUUCCAAAUGUGAUGCAUGGAUAUAGAGGAGAGGGAAAGCUAUACAAGUGUACGGCACAAAGUUCAAAGUUUCCUUCAAGAUUGGGAUGAGCAAGGGGACUAGAAAUAAUCUGUGUUAACCCUCAACUGACUAUGGUUGGAGAGGUGGGGCAAAUUUUGAUUCUGCACAAAGCCAGCUUGUAACAGAUCCUCCAACCUCUCACUCCGCCCAGAGUUGUCAUGUGGGUUGCCCUAUAAGAAUGACAAAUGGCAAGCCUUUGCACUUAACAACUACCACCACCACUCCCAAACUGGUGGCCUCUGAGCUUUGGCAAGUAACCCAACUUGCCCAUUUGUAGCAUAGACUGUGUUGCUCUUCUGUUAUAUUCCCACACCUUACAGCUGCCUCUUGCUGAGAUUGCACACUAAGGAUGGCCAUGAUUGUUUAUCAGCAAUUUUCAGAAGGCAAGGUAUUGAUCACGUUCCUUGUGGUAUAAGACUUUCUCCCUCUCCCUCAUCUCUGAUCCACAGUGGUCUUUGAUUAUGUUGUUCUUGUUGUGAAAGAACAAAGUACCCCUGCAAAGCGUAUUGAUCCAGAAAUUAUUGUAGGACCUGGGAGCAUUUAUGCUUAUUGAUAGUAUACAUGAACAAUGAACAUAAUCAAACACUGAUUAAUACAUAUGGGUUUGUACAAUCUGAUUGUGUGAGCAGUGCUCCAAAUCCAGAUUGGAAUGCAGUACAACUGAUGUGGGUCAUCUAAGAAAACGUAUGUGUGUACCACUGGUGAAUCUGAUACUGCUCUAGCCAAUGCUAGCUUUGUCGCACCACUCUGAUCCGGCCUAUGUGUGUUUUAGUGAGACUGAGUCAUGACUCUGUAUGAGAGGCUGAUUAACACUGUUCCUUUUCCCAUUUCAAGGAGGUCUCAGCUGAGCCUAAAACCAUAUCUGUAAUGUGUCUCUCACUGUUUAAAGACCUUGGAAUUGGGAAAAUUUUCACAUAAAUCAUAAAAAUAAUAUUUUGCUA